UUGCCUCGUGUUGUUGUUCCUCUUUGAUGUUUUGGUUUUUCGGGUGCAAAAUUCGCUGUAAAAAAGGUAAAGGCGGAAAGUGCGAGAGGCCUGGAGAACCGCAACCAACACGCAUCGCGCCAAGAUCCACCAAAAAGACGGUCCUCAAACAACGAAAAGUGAUUCGAAACCCUUUUACUACGCUGCAGAAACCAUUCAACCGACGCUCUAUCAACUGCAAACACCGAAAUCUGUGGCUGAGACCCGGGUGUCUCGAAAGGAAACCAUCGGAAUCAACCACUAAGAAACCAUCGGAACAAUCAACACAAGUUUGUAAAAACAACUCGAGGGAAAACAAGCGAAAAUGUACACGAUACUCCACGGAACCGAUUGCCUACAAGUGCAGGCAGCCUCUAACGUGACGGACGAAAUAGUAUCGGCUAUUGAAACGUGGAAGGGUCUUGCUUCAGCGGACUACUAUCUCACUCAAUCCGGCCGUUCCAUUGGCGACUGGCAGAAUGUGACCCCGUACAUUCCACUGCGCAUAAACGAAAGGCUGCGGGGCGGAAAGGGCGGAUUUGGGUCCAUGCUGCGUGCCAUCGGUGCACAGAUCGAGAAAACCACGAACCGUGAAGCGUGCCGCGACCUUUGCGGCCGCCGUCUGCGGGACAUCAACGAGGAGAAGCGAUUGAAAGCGUACCUGGAAAAGCAGCAGAACGCGUCCGAGGAUGAACGGCAGAAGAUUCAGCUGAAAAUCGACAAACUGCUCGCUAAGCCCAAACAUGAGUUCGAGGAUCGCCAGUAUGAGAGUGUACGCGAAGAGCUGAUCGUACGGGGGGACGACGCUAUACAGGCGGGACUGCAGCAGCUUCAAUCAACGUCGGACGAUGCUAAAGAGGCAACCGGAAAACCAUCGGCAGGAUUGAAGAGAAAAGGGACCAGUGGGUCCAGUAAAAUUAGCAAGAAAAAGCAAAAAUCGGAUCUUUGGCUGGGAAUGGACGAUAUGAGCUCUGCCAGUGAUUCGGACGAUUCCAAUUCCAACGAACCCUCUAGCGAUUAUCAUUCCGGCUCUGGGUCGUCCGAGGAAUUGAGCUUGAAGUGAGGAAUAGUUUUCGUUCAGCUUUUGUUUAACUCACGAACAAUUCAUGUUUGCAUUACUCCUAACCCUACGGUUUUUUUUUUCAACAUUUUUCAACAAUUCUUUCGAGUUUUUUUCCCCCAACCUAGCGAACUUUUUUUUUUAAUUGUGAUUGAUACCAACUUUUUAUUUCAUCGGGUUUUUGCCCACAUAUUUACAAGAGGAUCAGGAGUUUUAUUCGACAAAAUAUAAAGAAACUUUGUAAUUGCUCAUAUACAGUUCAAACCUAUGAUUGGUCAUGGGUUCCGAUAAGAUCGUUUGUAUUUUCUAUUCAAUUUUAGGUCCAGGCGGUCGUCAUUCAUAAUCACUCAGAAUUAUCUAAAUUACUAAAUUAUGCGAAACAUCUUACAUAACACACCCAAAAGGAUUUUUAUGUUAUUGCGACAAGAAAUAAAUGCCCGACACUUGGCUAAAGGGA